AUGUAUUUAGCAGAAAACUUCAAUAAGAGUAGCAUAGCUAGAGAUUUUACUCUUCGCCGUAGCUUGUGGGUUCUAGAGAAAAAGGACAUGACUUUUGCAGCUUAUUGUAGAGAGUUUAUUGCCAAUUGUGAUGCCUUAAGUUCCAUUGGGAAGCCUAUUGAUGAGUCCUUAAAGAUUUUUGACUUUUUGAAUGGCUUGGGUCGUGACUAUGAUCCCAUCACGACUGUUGUUCAAAGUUCUCUAAGCAAGGCUUCACCUCCGAGCUUUGGUGAUGUUGUAUCUAAAGUUGAGAACUUUGACACCAAGCUACGGUCCUAUGAUGUUUCUGAGUUUGUUACGCCUCAUCUCGCCUUUCAAGCUCAACAAACUGGUAAUGGAAAUCAAUCUCGUGGCGGAUAUCGCGGUAGGGGAUGGUCUUCAGGGCAGAACAGGGUCCGUGGUGGUUACUCCUCAAGAGGCAGAGGUUUCUCUCAACACCAAUCCAAUCCUCGAGCCUCUGGAGAGCGCCCUAUCUGUCAGAUUUGUGGACGUACUGGCCAUAUUGCGUUUGAUUGUUGGAACAGAUUUGAUAAAAACUAUCAACGUCCUGAUGUUGCUCAAGUGUUCUCCUCCCUGCAAGUUUCUGAUGGUAAUGAAUGGGUCACAGAUUCUGGUGCUACAGCGCAUGUCACUCCUUCUGCUAGCAACCUGCAAUCUGCAACAACAUACAUUGGGAAUGACCCUGUUAUGGUUGGAGAUGGAGCAUAUCUACCCAUAACACAUGUUGGAUCCAACACCAUCUCUUCUGCGGCAGGUAAAAUAUCCUUGAAUAAUGUUUUGGUUUGUCCAGAUCUGCAAAAGUCUCUUGUCUUUGUCUUGAAACUGUGUGAUGGUCUGCCUUGUGGAGUUUGGUUUGAUGCUAACAAAGUCUGUGUUGUUGACAUACCCACUCAGAAGGUGGUGGCAAAGGGUCCUCGAAAUAGUGGAUUCUAUCUGUUGGAGAACCAAGAAUUUGUUGCCCUCUUCUCUAAUCGUUAUUGUGCAGCUUCGGAAGGCACCGGGCAUCAUAGGCUUGGGCACUCAAACUGA